AUGUACCUCAUUGCUGCAGCUCGUGAGAGCAAUGUUUCUUUGGUGAAGAGGCUGCUUAGAACCGGGGAGCUGCAUCUUGAUGCAAAAAGCAAGAAGAACGAGAGUGCGUUGGAGGUCGCCUAUCAACUGCACCACCGCCGCAUCAUCCAGAUUUUGGUCGACGCAGGAGCGGCUAAUCAAUGA